UUGCUUCUGAUCAAACGACCUGUAAUUUUACAUCCCUACCUGUAAAGUUUAAACCUUUCUGCCUCUCUCGAAGAACCCUAAAUUCAAAAAUGGUGUUGAUCGAGUCAAAUGAGAACGAGGAAGAGACCCUCACCAAAUCCGAACAAAACCCAUCAUCUUCAUCAUCCUCUCCACAAAUGUCUGCGACGGAGACGAAACCACUCGACGACGGAGAUGAUUCCGACGGAUUCGAAACCGCCAGCGAACGAGAAGUUAGCGAUGAAGAAGAAGACGAUAAUAGGAAAAUCGACGACGUAACGACGGAUCAGUCUGAUGAACCUGAGAAGAAGGAAGCUCAGGUUGAGCUAGAAGCCCUUAACGGAUCAAAUCAGGAGGAAGCUAUGGUGGAAGCUAAUGAAGCUAAAGUGGAAGGGAACAGUUUGUUUGUUAAUGGGCUUUACGACGAGGCGUUGUCAAAGUAUUUGUUAGCUUUAGAGCUUGUUCAGGAGUUUCCUGAAUGUAUAGAGCUUAGAGCUAUAUGUUAUUUGAAUAGAGGAGUGUGUUUCCUCAAACUGGGUAAGUACGAAGAGACGAUCAAGGAAUGUACAAAAGCGUUAGAGCUGAAUCCUACUUACACUAAGGCCUUGGUUCGUAGGGCAGAAGCACAUGAGAAGCUUGAACACUUUGAAGAAGCUGUUGGAGACUUGAAGAAGAUUUUAGAACUUGAUCCUUCAAAUGAUCAAGCUAGGAAAGUUGUUAGACGUCUUGAACCUCUUGCUGCAGAGAAGAGAGAAAAGAUGAAAGAAGAGGCUAUAACUAAGCUGAAGGAGAUGGGAAACUCGAUCUUAGGUCGCUUUGGGAUGAGUGUGGACAACUUCAAGGCUGUUAAAGAUCCAAACACUGGCUCCUACUCUCUUUCCUUCCAAAACUAGUUACUAUAUCACUUUGGUCUUAAUCUUUUGUUUUCUACCACUUGAUUUUUUAGCAAGAAUCUAGUUUAUAUUGCAAUGUGUUACGUUCUUGAUGCAUUGGUACUAGAAUGAUGUGCAAUCUUUUUGGGAUUUUAGUAUAGCUGUAAAUUCAAAAUUCAAUGUUACAACUUACAACAAUGGAUAAAUCCUCACAUGAUACAGAAAAAUACAGAGGAACUACAAGUUCUGUGUGUUACAGAUUGUGUGUUGUGGCAUGCUGCUCCAAGUACUCUUUACUGUUCAUUUCUGUUAAUCUGCACAUAAUAAACAAGUUCACUUGA